UGUCAUCGAUCCCACGUGGCGGCGGGGGCCUUUCUUCUGCACGGCGGCAGGCCCCCCUACUUCUGUCUUUGCGGGCCGGCUCCGUCUGUUCGUCGCCGGUCGUGUGUGUGCGCGCGCGCGGCAGCCGCGUGUCCCAACGGUGACUUGGCGUCAUUAUGUGCCCGACCUGUUGGAUUCGUAUCGGUCGCCUGCUCCACUGCACGCUGACGCUGCUCACUCUCGGAGUAUCGCCACUGGUGGGCCUGCAGCCGCUCGAGACACCGCGCAAAGUAACGGUGCUGCUGACGGAGGGUGCGACCGCCGACCUGCCCUGCGACCUGGGACCGCGCUCAGACCCGGCGGUCAAGGUCUGGUGGCACCGGGCUGACGACCCCACCACGGCGCUCUACACGCUCGACCCGCCUCCAGGGCGCCGCGGAAACCUGAUGCAGGCGCGUCACUCGGUCGCUGAGCCUCUGCGGGGACGCGCUCACUUCUCGGCCGUGCGCAGGCCCGCACUGCUGGCCAUUUCGUCACUGCGCUACGAGGACCACGGCCUCUACGUUUGCAAUGUCGAGUACAAGCAUGGCAGCCGCAGGAGCUACGACGUUGAGCUCCACAUUGUCGUGCCGCCGGGAAGACCUGUUAUUCUCGAUGAAAAUCUAUCCGUGCUCAAUGGAACGGUGGGGCCGAGCAAUGAGGGAAAUCUCCUCAUUCUCAACUGUCACGUCCUUGGAGGCAAGCCCGAGCCCCGAGUGACAUGGCGUCAGGGUUCCACGCACCUGCACCACGUGUUUCACCGCAGCGAGCAGGGAGUGAAGAAGGCCACGCUGCACGUGAGGAGCCUGCGGCGCGACCACUUGGGAGCAGUGUUCACCUGCGAGGCGAGCAACAGCAACCUGACCAGGCCGGCCUCCACGUCGGUCACUCUCACCAUGAACCUGAAGCCCGUACGCGCGGUCAUCCGGGGCAAGCAAGACUUCCUGUCAGCCGAGUUCCGCGCCGAGGUGGAGUGCGAGGCCGAGGGCUCACUGCCACCGGCGCUCGUUUCCUGGUGGCUGGACGGCGUGCGCCUGAACGCCUCGCUCGCCCAGACACGGCUGUCGGCAGGCGGCAACGUCACCACCUCGCUGCUUGGCUUCGUGCCCAGGGCCAGGGACAACGGCCGCCAGCUCAGGUGCGUCGCCACCAACCCCAGGAUGCCUGGCCACGAAGAGGUCGCCGACGUCUGGCUCCUGCAGGUUCACUACAAACCCCGGGUGAGCUUGGCCUGGGGCAACCGGGUGAACCGGUCCAGCAUCGUGCAGGGCACAGACGUCUACUUCGAGUGUGAGGUGGACGCCAACCCGCGGCUCAUCGAAGUCUCGUGGCGAUUCGAAGGCCACGAGCUCGCCUCUCGCCUCGGGAACUUCAUCGUGAGCAACCAGUCGCUGGCGCUGCGCGGCGUCCAGAGCUCAAAUUCGGGCCACUACUCGUGCGUUGCUGCCAACGCUGAAGGAGCUUCCGAGUCCAACAGGGUCUUCCUCAGAGUCCAGCACCUUCCGGUGUGCGACCCGAACCUGCGGACGAAGUACACCGUUGCCCGCCACGAGGAGCUGCGAGUCCACUGCUCGGUAUUGGCAGACCCGUGGAACGUCAGUUUCCACUGGUCAUUGAAUGGCUCCUCGGGUCAUCGGCGAGACCUGCAGUGGGCGGUCUCGUCCACGACCGACGCCCGUGGACUCGUCACCAGCUACCUGCGCUACACACCCAGGAAUGAGUCUGACUUCGGCACGCUGAGCUGCUCUGCUCGCAAUGCAAUCGGUCUGAUGAUGCGCCCGUGUAUCAUCCACGUGGUUCCAAUUGGUCCACCGUUGCCUCCGCAACACUGCAAUGUGAGCAACCAGACCAUGGGCGCACUUCGCGUGGACUGCGAAGGAGGCGCUGAACCAGGUCACAGCUUUCUGCUCGAGGUGCACGAGCUUCAGCGGCGCCGAUUGGUUGCCAACUUGAGCUCGCCGACGCCGUCCUUUUGGGUGGACGACGUGCCUCCGGGCACCAAGUACACGCUGCUCGUCUACUCGUUCAACGGCCGCGUCCGAUCGGAGCCCGUGUUACUCAGCACACACACGUUGGCCAACGCUGCGCAGGGCUUUUCCGAGCCAGGACCCCCCUGGCUUGUCUCAUCGAACAUCUUGGUCUCGUUUCUCGUCGUGGCAAUCUGUUUGCUGGUGGCGAUUCCCUUUAUCGUGCUUAUCGCCAUCAAGUACAAAGCGAAGACCCCUGAAGACCGAGCCCGAGGCGUUGAUCAGGACAAGCAAGUUCAUCAGGAAAAACACUGGAUACAGCUAUCCCAAGGAGUUGAGCACAGAAAUGAGCCAAGCAUAUUCCCUGAGGAGGCUUUUGUCACAGCCAUGACCUCCUUCCAAGCAUCUACGUCGCCAACCAGCGUCGGCUGCUCCGACGGCCCCGUCCUAUACUCCAGAAGUGUCUGCUAGGACACAGAGGCCCUGCCGGGGGUCACGCACGUCUUUGCUCAACGUCGUGCUGGGCUGGCAGCACCGUGGGCUUGUAGGAGACGACCGUCUAGUCGGGUGGCCCUGACCGACGGGAGAGAACCAGUGCGGCCACUGCCACGCCGCGCCUGUCCGCACCGCGGGGCGCGCUCGCUCGAAGAAUCCCGCGCACCAGUGGCAGUGACGACGCGGACAGCGACGCCACGAGGGGCGAAAUGAAGUCGUCGACUCCGAGAAGAGCAGAAAAUAACUGCGGCUGGAAUAGUGUGGGCUGCGUGCGGUGGGGCCGGGGUUUGGGGUGGCGACAAAAAGAAAGACUUGGCACUAUCAAUCGUGAUGUGCUCCUUCAGCAAAGUGGUUUGUGGUCCUUGCUCCGUCCCCAGUGGAAACAAAAGAAAAGAAACAAAACAAAAAAAAAGACUCGCCGGUGUCGUGUACUUGAUGUAUUGUUCUGUUAACAGGCACCCAGUUUGGUUCCUCGUGUACAAAGAGAGUGCACUUUUUGAAGCUUUUUCUCACAAACUGCCAAGAAAUCCAGUUGAUGUAUGACUAUCGUUCCUCGAUGAAUAUUGGUUGAAUAAAAAUUUAUCGGAAGUAUU